ACCAUCAAAUGGAGUUUCCCAAAUUUCUCCUUAUUCUCAUCCUUUUACCUUUCUACCAAGUUCUCUCCCUUAAUGAACAUGAAACUUUCCAUCCAUAUCAAACUUCAUAUACUCUUGAUCCUCAGGCCAUGAUCAUUCAAGCUUGCAACAACAUACAAAACCAAGCCUUAUGCCUCUCACACAUUCAAUCCAAUCUUGAUAAUCAUGGCCAUAUUAGGGAUCCACAUUCAAUCCUUAGAGCAGCCAUUCGAAACUCCCUCAAUCAGGCAAAGUUAGCCAUUCAAUCAAUCACAAAAUUCAGCACCUUAUCUGCUUCAUCCCGGGAUCAAAUGGCCAUUGAGGAUUGUCAAGAACUUCUCGAUUUCUCGGUCACUGAACUAGCAUGGUCGUUAGGAGAAAUGAGAAAAAUCCGAGAUGGUUUAAAGAACUUUCAUUAUGAGGGAAAUCUCAAGGCAUGGCUAAGUGCAGCUUUGAGCAAUCAAGAUACAUGCUUAGAAGGAUUUGAGGGCACGGACCGACACCUUGAAAAUUUUAUUAAGGGAAGUUUAACACAAGUCACACAACUCAUUAGUAAUGUUCUAACUUUGUAUGUUCAAUUGCAUAGCUUACCAUUUAAAUCACCAAGAAACGAGACAAUAAGAUAUGAAAAUCCAAAAUAUCCGGAGUGGAUGACUAAUGGAGACAAGGAGAUGUUAACUUCUAGUCCAAAUAAAAUGCAUGUAGAUGCUGUUGUAGCCUUAGACGGAAGUGGCCAUUAUCGGUCGAUUGCACAAGCAAUAUAUGAGGCUCCUAGCUAUAGUAGUAGAAGGUAUGUGAUCUACGUGAAGAGGGGAAUUUACCAUGAAAACGUUGAUAUGAAGAAGAAAAAAACCAACAUCAUGCUUGUGGGAGAUGGGAUUGGAGCCACUGUGAUUACUGGUAACAGAAAUUUCAUGCAAGGAUGGACUACAUUUCGAACUGCAACUGUUGCUGUUUCGGGCAAGGGAUUUAUUGCAAGGGACAUAACAUUUCGCAACACUGCCGGACCCAAAAAUUUCCAAGGCGUGGCUCUACGUGUGGACUCGGACCAGUCGGCCUUCUUCAGGUGCAGUAUGGAAGGAUAUCAAGACACACUUUACGCCCAUUCUCUACGCCAAUUCUACCGCGAAUGCAACAUCUAUGGCACCAUAGACUUCAUUUUUGGCAAUGGUGCAGCUGUUCUUCAAAACUGCAAGAUUUACACUAGAGAGCCACUUCCUUUACAGAAGGUCACAAUCACGGCCCAAGGUCGAAAAAGCCCAGAUCAAAGCACUGGAUUUUCGAUCCAAGAUAGCUAUGUUUAUGCCACUAGGCCCACUUAUUUGGGCCGGCCCUGGAAAAUGUAUUCACGGACUGCGUACAUGAAUACUUACAUGAGUGGUAUGGUCCAGCCCAGAGGAUGGUUAGAGUGGUAUGGGAACUUUGCUUUGAACAGUUUGUGGUAUGGUGAGUAUAAGAACUAUGGGCCUGGAUCAUCGCUUUCUGGGCGGGUUAAGUGGCCCGGUUACCAUAUUAUCAAAGAUCCGUCAACGGCUAGUUUCUUCACCGUUCAACAUUUCAUCGACGGCAUGUCGUGGUUGCCGGCUACCGGCGUCCAGUUCACAGCUGGUCUUACCAAUUAGGUUACAGCAGUAACUAAUAGCUCAUUUGUUUAAUGGAGUAAAUUUAUGUUUAUAUCAUUAUCUUCUAUAUUAUGUAUAUAAUUCAUGAUGGCAUAUUGUAUCAUACAUACAAAGUAAGAUAUUUAUUCCAAAUGGACGUGGAACGUCUAAAGCGACUUGUGUAU